GUAUUUUUCUAAACAACCGACGCUGUUUGCGUACGGUAUUCGUUGUUUUCAUCUUGUGCUGUUUUUAUGAAGCGUGUUUGGUGUAGUCUACGAAACCAGAUAAGAACUAUGGCUAACAUUCCUCCAAGGAAAAUUUCGCCAUCCAGCAAGCCUUCUAAACAGGAUGCCUCACCGCUGCAAAUACUUCUACAGAUGGGUUUUCCGAGACACCGGGCAUUGAAGGCUUUGGCUGCUACGGGGAACCGCAGCGUGCAGUUGGCGUCGGAUUGGUUGCUGACGCACGUAAACGACACGUACAUCGACGCGGAUGAGCCGCGCGAGUACAUUCUGUACGCGAACCCGACGGGCGCGCUGCUUACGCAACUGCACGACUUCUGGGCCAAGUCUAAGAAGUUGGGAGGUUGGAAUGGAGCUCAUAACUUCCCCCCUCAUAUUACGCUAGUCUCAUUUUUUAAGGCCCCUGAUGAGACGUCCCUGCAACUGGCUAAAGCGGUGAAAAGUGUUAUAGAGACAGUGGGGGACCCCCCGGCCUGCCCCCUGAAGCUGGACCCCUAUAUCUCACAGAACUUCAUGGGACUCUUCGUGUCCGAGGAACAUGCUGAGUAUUUGAAAAAGAUAGCAGUCCAGUACGUUAAGCAAGUUACAACCUUAUUGGGUGUAUCCAUGGAUACAUAUGAACACUUGGAUGCCUUGGGGACAUGCUUCCCCUGGUGCACAAUGCCCCAAGAAAAACCAAUUAAAUCCAUUAACUUGGAGGCGCACGUGAAGUCCCUCCACAUCACCCUGGCGUACCACUUCGAGGUGGCGGCGUUCGACGGCCUUAAGGCGCUGGUGGACGAGCUGCAGCCCCUGGAGACGUCCAGCUGGGAGCUGCGACUAUACUCCAGGGAUCCCAAGUUCGCUAACCACCAGGUAUGUGUCAAUGUUAGACAGAAUAAACUUGGAGACGUAUGUAAAGUCCGUGCAGCGUACCACUUAGAGGUGGCGGCGUUCUACGGCCUUAAGGCGCUAGUGGACGAGCUGCAGCCCCUGGAGACGUCCAGCUGGGAGCUGCGACUAUACUCCAGGGAUCCCAAGUUCGCUAACCACCAGGUGCACACAGUGACGCAGGGCUACUCGCCGCUGGCGAGCGACGAGCUGGAACUGGUGCUCGGGGACUACAUCUACAUCGAGGAGAAGGCGUUCGACAGCUCGCCGGACGGCUGGGUGCCCGGCACCUCGUGGCUGACGGGCGUAAGCGGCUAUUUGCCGGCUGUGUUCACGCGGCGCACGGCGGAAUCAGACGCGUGGACGCUACACCGCGCUAUAUCGCUUGGGAAUAACAGCGGCUCGGAUUGCAAGUCCGAAUCGGACUCUAACACGGACGGGGAGAUGGCCGGAUACCCGCACGAGGACGCCGCGCAACUAGGACACGAGAAAUCUGAGGAGGUUUACAAGGAGUGGCGGAAAUACUGGGACGUGGUCAUGGCUGAAAAGAAGAGUGACAGUAUUAUAAACAUUACGCAGGGCACUAGUAUCGACUGGAAAUCAAAUACACAAGGAACUGGCGAUGGAGAAGCAAAAGCUAAGCCAGACCGGCGCUGGUUCUUCGCGAUGCGUCACGGCGAGCGCGUGGACCUCACGUACGGGUCGUGGGUGCCGUUCUGUUUCGACGAGGCCGGCAACUACGUGCGGAAGGACCUCAACAUGCCGCUCACACUCGGCGAACGAGUGGGCGGCUGCGACUCGUACUCCAAAGACACCCCUCUGACCCGAGUGGGGCGGCUGCAGGCGACGCUGGUGGGCGAGGGGCUCCGCCUGGCGCAGGUGCCCGUCUCGCACGUGUACGCCUCGGCCGCGCUGCGCUGCGUGGAGACGGCGCACUGCCUGCUGGAGGGUUACCAAGACCCGUCUCUCAAGGUGAAGGUGGAGCCGGGUCUGUUCGAGUACAAGAACUGGCACCUGCCCAAAGGAAUGGCUCCUUUCAUGACGCCGCAGGAGCUCCACAAAGCCGGGAUCAACGUCGACUUGAAUUACAAGCCGUACAUGGAAUUGGACGUUACCACAUCAGAGACUUUAGAAGAAUUUUACAAAAGGAACGAGCUAGUUAUGCAUUCGGCGGUCAAGGACACUGAGGCAGAAGGCGGCAACAUAAUGUUCAUCGGUCACGCGGCCACGCUCGACAUCAUGGUGCACGCGCUGAAGCGGCUGAGCGCCGGCGCCUGUGCGCCGCCCUACUCGCUGAGCCCGCAGCUGCUGCGCGUGCCGUACUGCGCGCUGGCCGCCAUGCGCGACCGCCCCUGGCAGGUGGUCUCCCCGCCCUGCCCCCCCUCAAUUAACUCCAGCUCGGGCAGGUUCGAUUGGAAGACGUUGCUGGAUUUGUAAUUAUUAAUGUACAGGGAGAGGGAACGAUCCCCGUUCUGACUUGACCGA